CCUUGUUGAGCAGCGAAGAUUAGAACAGACUGUUUACAGCCUCCGCCAUGGCCCAUUUCUUCUGGCGCUGUGUAAAGAUGGUAUGUGGAUAGAAACUCUUGGAACCAAGCAGAAGCAGAAGCAGAAGCUCCUACCAUUUGGACUCUCAGGCUCGGCCUGUUAAGGUUGUAUCACCCAUCAGUUUCAGUAUCAACUAACGAAACUGCCAUUCUUCUCUUUGUUUCUCGUCUCCUCAGUCCUCCCUCCACUCCAGGCUCCAUUCCCAAAUCCGACAAUCAUGCACUCUCCGUCCCUUCGUUUCCACCACAACAUUACUCCUACCUCGCCCUACAACUUCCAUCACUUUUUAGGGCUUCACCUCACUCCCACUAAAUCCUUCUGUCCUUCUUCUCUCUUCUACUCCAAUUUCCCUAUCCCAACUUCUAGUAGCAAGGCUAUCCCAGUCUACUCCCAUAGCAAACCCCACAACCGCAAUACAAAUGCUAAAGGGAAACAUGGAACACCCAAGGUCAAGGGUAACAAGCAAAAUGUAUGGAGCGUGGAUAACGACCUCGCCAAGGCCCAAAAAGAGAGGGACACUGAUAGAACAACUAGGAGGAAGCCGAAGGCGUCACGGGUCGUUAACAGGAAGAGGAACGAAACUGGCAGAAUUCUGGUUUCUGCUGCUAUGUUGAUGGAGCUCGAAACUGUUCUUCAAACUCAGGAACCUGUAAUAAAGCCAGUAUGGAAUACGUUUGUUAGCAGUGUAAGUGGGAUAUGGAAAGGGGUGGGCGCGGUGUUUUCUCCUAUCACUGCAGAAAUGGAGCCCAUUGAAAUUGGCAACAAAAACGAAAACCUGUAUGAUUGCUAUACGCUUUCUUGUGUUGAGGAAGAUCGGUCUUCAUCUGGAGGACGGACAGAUCAAAUUAAAAGGACAGUAAAUUGGGUGACGUUAAAUCCUUACGGGGAAGCACUCUUAAACCAUGGGGAUGUUUCCUCAACCUCAGAAACAGUGGUUGGCGGAGGCGUGAAGAACUACUGCUUACCCAAAUUUGAGUCUUUUAAUUUUGCUGUAAGUGACCUGCUGGAGGAAGAUGUCAUGGGAAAUGAACCCGGCCUUGUCUUCUUUGAGGAUGGAUCUUAUUCUCGUGGUCCCAUCAGUAUUCCAGUUGGUGAAGUUGAUGAUGCCAAUUAUUACAUUAGUCCAACUUUCAAGUUUGAACAAUGCUUAGUAAAAGGUUGCCAUAAAAGGCUACGCAUCAUCCAUACCAUUGAGUUCAGUAGUGGUGGAUCCGACAUACAGAUACUAAGAGUUGCUGUGUAUGAAGAACAAUGGGUCAGCCCUGCAAAUGUUUCUGACGUAAGUGAUAUAGAGUUUGAUUUAAAGCCAUUUUCUCAACGGAAGCGAAUCCAACCAUCAGAACUUACAGGGUCCUGGAAGGUGUUUGAAAUAAGUGCAACCCCAAUUUAUGGUGAGGAGACAAUGGAUGAGAGCAAUGCUGCUGGUGCCCCAUACGUGUAUCUCUGCACGGAAACGUUAAAGAAAAGGAGCUUACCAGGAAACCCGGUAUAUUUCAGGGAGGAAGAAGUGAUGGACAUACAGGACGUUACGAUGCUGUGGCUUGCAGGUGGUGUCACUGGGUAUGUUGAUGUGAAAAGGGAUGGUAUCCUUUGCAUUGGAGUUGGUUGGUACUCGGAUGAAGGAAUCAACCUUGUUAUGGAGAGGGAUUAUGGACUGGAUGGAAAGCUGAAGGAAGUAAGGUGGAAAUCCGAAUUAAAAAGAAGGUGGUCUGACCCGUUACCUGUGUGAAUUACCUUGAAAUUCAAUUGAAAAAUACAGGGUCAAGUAGUAACAUGAUAUGCUGAAUCCAUGCCUUUUUUUUUUC